AUGCUCUCAAUCGCUCCCGCCAUUCACCUCGGCGCCCAGUGCGGCCCCAAGAUCGAGCUCGCCACCGUCAAGUUCGGCCCCUACCCGGGCUACGGGGGCCCCUUCUCGUCGGUCACUGGCAAAGUCUCCCUUUACUCGGACGGGGAUGGCGUGCAGGCCUGCUUCCCGAGCCGUCGCCCCGCCCUUCCCAUUGCUGUCCGUGGCUCCGAUCACAUCCCCACGCCUCCCUACCCACAGACCUUCGUCUACGAUCUGUCGGGCCUCGACACGGGCUGCAACGGCACCGACCCACUCGAACUCUCCGGCAACGCGUGCGGCAUCCACAUCCACUCUGGCUUCACCUGCUCCAGCGCCUCCGAGGUCGGGGGGCACUAUUACCAAUCCCCCGCGGCCGACCCGUGGUCCGACGGCGGCAUGGGCGAGGAUUACGUCGCGUUUUACAGCACGACCGAGGGAACCGCCUCGGGCAGCUUCGACGCCGACACGGGCGCGACUACGAGCGACCUGCUGGGCCGGGCCUUUGUCGUCCACGACGCAAAUGGCGGGCGCAUCGCGUGCGCGCUGAUGGAGCCCGUGGUGGACCCGCUGUGCGUGACCAAUUUUGCCACCUACCCCGGCUACUACGGCGCCUUCCCCGACGCGACGGGCUGCGCUGGCGGGUACAACGCCUCGUUCGGCAACUCGUGUGGCCUUCACAUCCACUCGGGCUCCUCGUGCGAGGCCGCCAGCCAGGUUGGCGGGCACUACGCCACGAACGGCUUCGCCGACCCGUGGACGGAGAAGAGCCUCUCCUACGUCUCCUCCACCAACGGCAACGCGGAGGGGAAGCUGUCCGCCGUCACGGGCGGCACCUCGCUCGAUGUGCUCGGCAAGGCCUUUGUGGUGCACGGGUACGACGGCGGCCGCAUCGCGUGCGGCACGCUCGAGUACUGCGACCCCUGCGGGCCGCCACCGCCGCCGGCAAACGUGUGCAUGCCGUGGUGCAAGAACAACCCCGACAAGCACUGCCCCAAAACCCAGCUUUGUGGCAGCUGCUACUUCUGCUACCACUAG